AUGCAAUAAAAGUAAUAUCUACGUUAAAAUAUCUAAAAAGCGUUUACUCAAUAUUCUCAAAUGCCAUUAGAUACGUUAUUGGACGAAAAAAACUAUAUAGAGUUCUUAGAUUUUCUAGCUUAGAAAAAGUUUGAUAGAGAAAUUGGAUUAGAAUUAUUCAACACAUGUCCUAAAAAAUAAAAUAAAUUCAUAACUAUUGAUGAUUUUAUUGAUGUAUUUUUUAAGGCUGAAGAUGAAUUAGUAAGAUAGAUAUCAGUGGUAAACUAGAAAAUAAAUUCAUUAAAUGAAUAAAGAGAGGAUUUGUUAGUUAAAAUUUAAGAUGAUCAGUCAAAUCAUAAAGCAAUUUAUUAGCAGCAGUAAAAUCUUAUGUAAAUUAAGAUAGACGUUUAGAUGGCAUAAAUAGCAAGAUCUUCUUUUUAAGUGGAUAAUCAAGCAUAUUAUAUUUUAGCAGAAUGCUCAGGGUUAUCUAAAUCAACAGAACCAUCUUAAAAUUUUUAUUUUAAUCAAACUCUUUAAAUAUCAGUGAACCAUGAAGCAUAAUAUUUAAACCUUUAUCUAUUUCCUUCAUCAAAUUAAUAACCUCUUGGUCAAAUCUAAAUGAAUAUACAAAAUUUUCCUUAAGGAAAGGAUCUCCCUUUUCAGGAAUUUUUCCAGUCAUCUUCUGGUCAACAAAUCCCAAUUUUCUUAUAAUACAUCAUUAAUAUUUAGAAAUCUAAAUCAGGUUCAAAGUAUGAAGAUAAGUACAAUGAAAAGAGUUUAAAAAUAUAGGAAAAGGAAAAUUAACUCAAAGAAAUAGAUUCUAACCUUAAAACUCUUUAUCUCCUUAUUAGAAAUUUAGAUUAAAUAAACUCUAAAAAUGCCAACGAAGUAAAGGAUAUGGAGUAGUAUAUGAGAAUAAAUAAAAAUAUAGAAUAUUUAAAAAAUAGCCCAAACAAAUCUUAGCAGCUUUAAGAAGAAUUAAAAUCUAGAGAAUAGCUACUAAUGAGCAAAUCAAAUAAUAAAUCUGCAAACCAAUCGUAACUUCAAUAAGGUUUUAAUCACAGGAUAUUUUCCAAUAAAUAUGAACAAGACGAAGAGAACAAUUAAAAUAUAAACUAAAAAAAUUAAGAAAUUCCUUACAGUUAUGAUGAAAGAAUUUUAAUAAGAAAUUUUAAAAUAGCUAUUGGAAUUUUUUUAAUUAUUUCUAUUCUUUAAAAUUUUGAAAAACCUGCUUUCAUAGAAAUUGGUGCACUAUUAGGUUUUAUUAGCUUGUUGUGUACAGAUGAGUUAGACGAAUACUAUACUCUAUUUUUAAGUCUUCUCAUUAUAAUAUAGCUAUGUAUAGAUUUUGCAUGGACAAUGAUUUAUGACUUAACUGACUAUUAUGAGAGAUAUAAAGCUAUAGAUAAUGAAAACUAAAAAGUGCUUAUGAUAUUCUGUUAUAUUGUAAUGGUGGUAGGCUUUUUUUAUAAAUUUUUCUUCAUGCAUAUGGCAUUUAUUUAUUAUAACAAUAUUGCAGUUAAAUUAUAAGAAAUAAAAAGUAGAAACAUAAGUUGA